AUGUAAGCUUAGAAGCGUAAAAGUAUUUUUGGUGAAACAUUGAGGGCUUUAGACAGAUUUGGCUAACCAGUUACUUUGACAAUUGAUAAACACAAUUAAUAUAAAACUAAAUCAGGAGGAGUCCUAACAAUAGUCUCUCUGCUAAUCAUCAUAGCCUACUUGAUUUAUAAUUUAAACGAUGUCUACAACUAAAAAUUCUAAAUUACCUCGACCUCAUUGCUAAAAGAAUUACUGAGAACAAAAGAAAUCCAUAAUGUGUAAAAUUCUUUUGAUAUUGCUGCUCAAGUUGUUUAUACUGGUCCAGAUUCCUACGUAGCUGAUAAUAUUGAUUUAUAUUUUACUAUAUACGCCUAACAGUUGAAAAGAAUAGGACUUGGGGCACACGGGACUGCUAAUUUUUCUCUAGAUUAUCAAAUUCAUUUUGAACCCUGUAAAUCAGGUCGAUUUAAAGAUCUUGAUGAUGCAGCCGAGAUAAGAGGAAUAAAUAAUUACUUUAUGUGCCCUAAAAAUACAGAUUUCUCUGUAAUGGGUGAUUUCGGAUCGAUCGAAUAAAAGAUGUUAGUUGUAAUAGUCGAUUAUUGCAAUUAAACUUUUUUAGAUCUGUAAAGUCCAAAUUCUAAUCGUAUUUGCAAAUCAAUGGAGGAAAUUGAUUAGAUAGUUCCAUUCACAAUUCUGUAUUAUCACUCAUUAUAGUCUUAGUUUGAUUAAUAUGAUUUUUCUGACAAUCCUUUGAAACAAACUUUAAUUGAGGUUCCAUUACAAUUGAUAAGUGGAAUCUGCUCUGCCUAUUUCUACAAAUUUACUGAGACAAAGGUCACACUCAAAGAUCAUUUCCUCAGUAACUCUUUAGGAUAAAAGGAUAUUAUUUUCUACAAUUAUGAUUAAAAGAAAAAUGACAAUAUGAAUUUUAACUAUUAUCCAACUGAUAAAACUUUGGGUUCUGCAUAUUUACCUAAUGGAUGGCCUUUAGUUGCAGUAUUGCACUUAAUGGAUCCAUAUGUAAAGCUUGAAUCAAGAAUUAGAUUUUCAAUCACUGAUGCAAUGUCAUAGACGGGAGGAUUUGCAGGAACGAUUACACUUAUAUUCUUCUUAUUAAGUAAAUUUGCCAAAUUAGGCUCAUAUGAAGAGGCUAUGAUUAAAAAAUUAUAUUAAACCAAGGGUAUAUAAAAAGGAAAUCUCAUAAAAGAUGGAGCGAUUAAAGAGGAUAAUAAAAAUAGAAAAAAUAUUAUAUAGAUAUUUAAUUCAAAUGAAACUGGAUAGCAGGAUCCUUUAAGAAAGCUUAGGAAACUUGAUUUUUGCAUGAAUAUACUUCUUUCGAAUCAGGAAAUUCAAAUUGCCAACCUUGCCCAAAACCAUUAUAUUGAAUAUGAUAAAGAUAAAAAAGUUGAAAGAAGCAUUUCGAUGAUGAAUUCAAAAGAUCAAUCCUAGGAUAUUAAAUCAAAGCUUAAAGAAAUGUUCGUCAAGAAUAUGCCACAACAAAGACAUUAAAUACUGCUAACAAAGCUAUUAGAAUUGUAUCAAGUAACUUAGCCCAAGGAAUUAUCUAAGCAAGGCAAAACAAUAUCUUCAAUGUAAUCAGCGCUAAAAAGUGAUAAAGUUAAAACUUUUAAUAUUUCAUCGCGAAAAUCUAGAUAAUCAGGUAAACUUCCUAAGAAACCUAAAAAUGAUUCAAACAUAACGGCUGUAGACCUUGCAAAAGUGUUUGAUAUUAGAAGGAAACUCACUUAAAAUAUGGGAAAAUAAAAAUAAAUUUCUUGA